AAAGUUUUGAGAUCUGUAAAAUGACGAAUCCCGACAAACAGAAGCCGGUUGAAGUUACUGACGUGGAGACUGCGGCGGAAAAGACGUCGGAGACGACGCCGGCGUCUGGAACGUCGACGAUUACUCAGAGAUGGAAAAGAGAGGAUUUGAUAAAGAAAGCAUCUCCGAUUACGAGAGGAAUUUGUCUAUUGUUCUCUCUUCUUGCUUUCUUAAUUAUGGUCUCUAAUAAACAUGGUUACGGUAGAAACUUCAAUGACUACGAAGAGUAUAGAUAUGUAUUGGCGAUAUCGAUUAUUUCAACAUUAUACACUGCGUGGCAAACAUUUGCACAUUUCUCAAAAAGGGAAUUUUUUGAUCGCCGGACUAACAUUUUGGUCGAUUUCUCCGGCGACCAGAUUGUGGCGUAUUUGCUCAUAUCAGCUGCAUCUUCUGCAAUUCCAUUGACAAACAGAUUCAGAGAAGGUCAAGAUAACAUUUUCACUGAUUCUGCUGCUUCAGCUAUAAGUAUGGCUAUCUUGGCAUUCAUCGCGUUAGCUCUCUCUGCUCUCUUCUCCGGUUACAAACUCUCCACUCAUUCUUUUAUCUGAAUCUGUCUCUCUGCAAUAAUGUGCUUCAAUAGUU